AUGGUCGCCGUCAACGUCGACUCCGCCGCUGUUGUUGGUGGCGGCAUCUCAGAAGUGCAAACGCGCGGCUAUGUCCCCGUCGGCGAGCUGGGCACGACGCCCAUGCAGCAGGGCGCAAUCGCCAUCAUCUUCCUCGCCAUGGCUCUAGCCCUGCUCACCUGGGGGUUCCGCAUGUACUCGAGGUUCAGUACCAAGCAGCUGGGAAUGGACGAUUGGCUAGCUACCGCCGCCAUGGCCUUCUCGAUUGCACUGACCGUGCCCUACUACAUGUUCAUCAAAUACGAAUACAUUGGCUUCCAGACGGCUGAUCUCCCUCCGACGUAUGAUGUCGAGCCGAUGCUAUUCUGGAACUGGAUCAUGCAGGUCCUCUACAACCCGAUUCUCGCCCUCGUUAAAUCGUCCGUCCUUAUCUUCCUGCUACGACUAGGAGGACAUCGUCGCAGCAUUCGAUUCGCAAUUUACGGACUCAAUAUUUUCAACCUCACCAUGAUGAUCGCAGUCUUCCUCACUGUUAUCUUCCAGACUAUUCCGAUUAAUGCAUACUGGGACCUAUCUGUGACAAAGCAGCGCCAGAUUGAUGGUCCCCUGUUCUACAUCGUGACGGCUAUCAUCACGAUUAUUACAGAUUUCCUUGUUCUCUUGAUCCCCUUCUGGAUUUUCCUCGGACUCAAGAUGCGCAUUGCUGCCAAGGUUGGCUUGAUUGUUGUCUUCCUCAUGGGUGGAGUUGUCAGCAUCGUCGCCAUCGUUCGUGUCCACGAGCUGCGUAAAAAGUUCUACGUCAAGGGCUACGACUCGCGACACACGCUCGGCGACACCCUCAGCAGCAUCGAGGUCAACCUGGCCAUCAUCGCCUGCUGCGGCCCAGCCUUGCGACCUCUGUUCCGCAGGAUGUUCCCUGGUCUCUUCUCCAACAACAGCAGCAAAGACACUGGCAAUAAUUACACCCCCGGCAGCAGAUACGGGACUGGCACCGGGCUGCGCCAAGGGAACAAGUCCACCACUGCAUCAUUCCCUCUCAAGGAUAUGCAUAUGAGCAAGACGCAUACCGAGAUCCGUGGCCACUCUCCCAAUGGCAGCGAAGAGGAGAUCAUGACAUACAACGGAAUCAUUAGGACAACAGCUGUCAACAUUAAAUACGAUCAAGCAACUUUAUCCGACAAGGAUUCUGGUCCGGACUAUUCAGAACCAGUGCAUCCCAGAGGCACUUGA